AUGUCCCUCAUAUGCGCUACGAUAAUGGCCAUAGCAUUCGCUCGUGCGAGAAAUCCAAUGAUGGUCAUCUUCUCAGCGACCAUUGUGUUUAGUAACGCAGUGGAUGUUUUGGGGGGGUUGAUAUAUAAUUUCGAUUGGGAUAGCGCUCCCGAAGGAGUUUGCUAUGCGCAAGCAAUGGCGAGACAAUUGGCGGGUUUUUCAUUUUGGACUAGCGGAUUUUGCUUCACCGUUCAAGCAUACCGUCUUAUUGCUUACAAUAAAAGAGACGACAGGUUUAAUCGGUAUUGUUACGGACUUAUAGCCACGUUCUGUGUGGUCGGAACUAUGCUGGUAACCAUUAUAUCAAUCAAGACAGAAGCUGUAAAGAGUGGAAAUUAUCGUUGUGAUAUAGCCAAUCCAACUUGGGUUCGUCUGAUGGGAGCCAAUGGUGUAAGUUUGCUAUUAGUUCCUGCAAGCACGUAUUUCUCCCUCGGCGCGGCGUAUGCGCCCGUUAAUGGCGAAAAUAAACCUGACGCUAUCGUGCAAGUUAGAGAUGUGCUAGAGGGUCCGAGUAAAAUCCGGAAUAAUAAUAACGUCACUCGAAAUGCUGCCCUCCGUAUGGUUUCCUUUGCCAUUGCAUACUUUCUUUUGAAUCUGUUGACCUCCAUCGGGACCGUUAUGGACACUAUUCAAAACGUACCAUUUGAUCCACGUCCAGAUUGGUCUGACUUUGCCGGUCCAAUGAUCGCAUUUGUCAUUUUGUUGAUUUUUGGAACUGCUUCUGACGCUAGGCGAUGGUUUGGUGAGAAAUUAAGAAACAUUUUUAGAAAGUAA